AUGUGGUCCUACGCUGCAUUUCUACCCCUCAUCUAUAUUCUUUUCCUCGCUAUUUACCGCCUCACUCUACACCCUCUCCGCAAACAUCCCGGACCCAUCCUCUCCAAGUUAACCGACUGGGUCAAUGUAUAUCAUAGCUGGAAAGGCGACCGUUAUCUCGUGCUCACUCGACUUCACAAGCAAUACGGACCCGUAGUGCGGUUUGGUCCCAAUCGCAUUUCGUUCUGUACUGCCAGUUCUCUUCAAGACAUCUAUGGCUUCCGCGCAAACACUCGCAAGGCGGACUGGUAUAGGAUAUGGGAGAUGUUGUUCGGCGCUGCCAGUACAGCAACAAUCAUUGACCGGCAAAGUCACGCCAAGCGCAAACGAAUUCUGCAAUCUAGUUUUACAGAACCUGCGCUUAAGGAUGUGGAGCAUGUACUGCUGAAGAACACCGCCGAGUUCUGUCGAAAUCUUUUGGACGACACCGAUGCGAGUAGUCCCCGAGCGAAUGGUUGGGGUCCCGCAAGAAAUCUCAGCCUGAUUGUUGGAUACAUGACCUUCGACACUAUGGGCGAGAUGGUCUUCAGUAAGAGCUUCGGGAUGCAGCAUUCUCCAAAAUUCCGGGGUUUUUUGGGACUCAGUAUGGACGCCUUGCGGGGCUUGAACGCGACAGCUUUCAUGCCCCUUCUGCUGAAGCUCAAGCUUCACAUUCUCCUCUUCUCAGAGCUGAACGACGGCAUGCAAAGAUACAAAAAGUACUGCGCGGAGCAGUCCGACGACCGUAUCAAACGCUCCGCGCAAAUCGAGAAUAAGGAUAUCUGGACCCGUGUUAUCGCCGGCAAGGAUUCUAUCACCGGGCAUUCGUUUACGGCCGAGGAUCUGCAAUCCGAAGCUGCAAUCUUGGUGUCGGUGGCGUCUCAUCCCAUGCGUAUCACCGUCAGCGCUCUUACGCACUACUUGCUCAAUAAUCCGGAGUGUAUGGAGAAACUAGUACAAGAGCUCCGAUCCAGGUUCGAAAAGCUUGACGAUAUCCGCAUGGGAGAAGCAUUGAAGUCUUGCACGUACUUGCGGGCCUGUAUCACCGAGACCUUGCGUCUCUCUCCUAGCAUCCCUGGGAUACCUCUGCGAACGGCGAGGAAAGGAGGUGUUGUAGUUGACGACGAGGUUUUCCCAGAAGGCACCGAUGUUGGUGUUGCCACAUACGCACUCCAACACUCGGAAGAUUACUUUCCUGAUCCAUAUGCGUUUAUUCCGGAGAGGUGGAUUCCUGUGGCAUCAAGCGAGCGGCCCUCCAAAUACCAAGCAGAAGAGGCGCAGAAGAAGGCAAAGCAGGCAUUCUGUGCGUUCAGCCUGGGUCCGGAUGGCUGCUUGGGCAAGACGAUGGUGUACCACCAGGCCAGUGUCAUCGCCGCACGCAUGCUGUGGAUGUUCGAGAUCAGGCGAGCCGAAGGUGAUGAUGGGGAGAGCAAACGCAUAGGCGCAGCAAAGGAAUGGGCUUUUGCAGGAGAGUAUCCACUCAACGACAAAUUCGCCGCGGAGGGAGACGGACCAUGGAUUCAGGCACGGCAACGCGUUGUGUGCGAAUAA